AUGACCCAGAAAUUUCGUUUCCAGAUAGCACGCCUUCCGGACAGUGGUGGUGUUGGUGGUGGUGAUGGUUUUGGUGGUGUUGGUGAUGGUGGUGGUAGUGAUGGUGGUGGUAGUGAUGGUGGUUAUGGUGGUAGUGGUGGUUAUGGUUGUGGUGAUGGUUAUGGUGGUAGUGGUGGUUAUGUUGGUGAUGUUGGUUAUGGUUUUGGUGGUGGUGGUGUCGGCGAUGGUGGUGGUGAUGGUGGUGGUUAUGGUGGUGGUGGUAGUUAA